AUGGAUGGUGGCUACAGUUAUAACUCCUUCGCCGGCCAAGGUGGAGGAGGAGGAUACAUGCCCGGCGAGAUGAACAGUCCCGCAGGAGGAAAGAGCGGCGACCGCGAUAACAAGACCCUACGCCCCGUGACGGUCAAGCAGGUAGCCGACGCCACGCAGCCGUACCCCGAAGCCCCGUACCAGGUCGACGGCGCGGACGUGGCCAAUGUACUCUUCGUGGGCCAGGUGCGCAACAUCAGCUUGCAAAGUACCAAUGUCACCUACAAGAUCGACGACGGUACGAGCGAGAUAGAGGUCAAGAAAUGGAUUGACUCCAGUACCGCCGACAACAUGGACACGGACGACGGCAAAGUGGCCGGGGUCGGGAAGACUGAGGUGCAGCUGAACGGGUACGCCCGGGUAUUUGGCGCCAUCAAGUCUUUCGGGAACAAGCGUUAUAUCGGUGCCCACAGCGUGCGGCCUCUGACCAACAUCAACGAGCUGCAUUGCCAUAUGCUCGAGGCCACUGCUGUGCACCUCUUCUUUACCCGCGGGCCGCCUGGUGGUGCUCCAGCGGGUGCGGGUGCGAAUGCUGCUGGAGCUGGCGGCGGCGAUGCGAUGAUGGGCGGGGCCGAUGACUACACUGCGGGCCAGAACCGGGCGCUUGCGUCCAUGUCUCCUCUUGCCAGGAGGGUCUACUCCCUGUUAAAGACUGAGCCUCAAGAUGAUAUUGGCCUCCAGAUGCAGGACAUUGCAUCUAAACUGAACCUGCCACCAACCGAUGUCGCCAGAGCAGGAGAAGAGCUGCUUAGCGCUGGUGUGAUUUUCUCAACAAUGGAUGAGCAGACCUGGGCAAUUCUCGACGGCUAG